GAGCGCAGCAGCAACCAUCCGCCAUUUAUCACUUGUUUUCCUUCUGCUUCUUCACUGCUUUCUUGGUAUUUACUUUCGCUGAUCACACGUUUUUUUGGAAUUUUAAAGGUGAAUGCGCAUCCGUUUCUUUCCUAGAAAGCUGUAAUGGCUGUUCCCCCAGAAAUAAGACUCAAGCGAUUUCUCCACUAUGCAAGUGAAGAAGGAAUCUACAUUGCCCAGCCGCGGCGAUCCGAGGACUUCUUCCCCGAUAAUAUCAAAUCUAUAUUAGCCCUUGUCCCAACUGAUGAAGGUGGUGAAAAUGUAAUUUUACCAUCUAUCGAAAAGGUGUUUAAGGAAGGUACCUCCAUCGCACCAACAUCAGUUAUGUUUGCAUUGGCAGUAUGUGCAACUCAGACCGAAUCUGAAAAGCUGAGAGUCAACGCCCAGAGAAAAGCUCGAGCAUUGCUUUUGAAUGAGGAGGACUUAUUUGACUUUGCGCACUACUGUUAUAAGCUUUCAACCAACAAAGGUGGUCAGGGUAUGCGGCGCACCAUCACAAAAUGGUACGAAAAAAAGACACCCCAAGAGCUAGCAGAAGUUGUAGCUGUGAAAAACAAGAUCCACCGUUUGCGGCAUAAAGACCUGAUGAGACUGUAUCACAUGAAAAGUGAAGACCGAGCCAAGCAAGCGAUCUUCAGCUAUAUUAUGACAGAUCUUGACAAAACGAAAGAAGCAUUCAAAGACCAUCUGGAGGCAGCAGCCCCUUUAGAGUACAUCGGAAUUGUCGAGCAGAUAUUAACAACCACAGAAGAGUCUGUUGCAGUAGAUCUGCUGACAAAACACAAACCGAAGAUUCCACCACACUCAUUGCCGCCCAAACUUCACCUCUCAUCAGAGGUGUGGUCAAUUAUUGCAUCAACCCUAACUUUGGACCAGAUGUUACAAAUGACACAGCAUUUUUUCAAGCUAAAAUUGCUAAAAAACAACUGCCCCUUUGCUGCAGUAUAUGCAGAUAGAAUUGCCAAUGAAGCAAUUCCACCGAAUUCGAAAAUCGAUCCGACCCAAGCGUUUAUUGAAUUAAAAACAUUUGAAAUGCUGCCCAGGAAAAAGGAGUAUUUCAAAAUGUUGAAAAAAAAGGGGCAUGAUGUUCUGCCUGAAUCAGUUGUUGCAGCUCUUCGAGCCGAAGAAGCUGCGAACUCCACGGAGGCCAGCAGCAACGCUGGCGACAAAAAAAAGAAUGAGGACCUGUAUCCCACUUUCAAGUUGAACAAAAAGAUAAUUGAAGCCCUGAAUAAUCUAGUAGUCAGAUCAUUCAAGAGCUUAAAGCCAACAGGAAAGCGCUUCUUGAUAGGAGUAGACACACGUAAUGUUUUAUCAACUGUAAUGUACGUCAAAUGCCCGUUUGUGAAGUCGAUUGAUGCAGCAGCUUUGCUUCUGCAAUCUUUCCUCCAAGCAGAAAAUGGAGGGAAUGAAAAGAAGGUCACAGUCACUUCAUUUUUGGAGUCAAGUCAACCGAACACCUCAUCUUACAGAAUCGAAGAACUCACUGCCUUGAAAGCCGGCUUGUCGCUGCAAGAAACAACACAAAUCCUUUCCUCUAAAACUGGCGGCCCUGUGAAUGUGCUGAAAUUCUUUGACUGGGCAGCAGCAAAGAAGAAGGAUGUAGAUGUUUUUGUGCUAAUUAGCACUUCAAAUAUUACACCAUGUGAUCCCUACAACGGAAUAGUCCAUUAUUGUGAAGAACUCAAGAAAGAAGAGCAAAAUGUCAAGUUGAUCACAAUAUCGCUGAAUGGCAUGUGUUCAAAACCGAAGCAGUAUUACAAGAAGUCAAACAUGCUGUACAUUAAUGGCUUUGAUGAUAAAGUCUGGCGGAUCAUACAAGAAUUCUGCCGCAGCUCUUUCUGAAGUCAAACCUAAUCUGUCAACCGGUUUGAACCCAAAUUAAUGUGAUUUAUUUUUUUAAUCAAGUGACUUCAGUUUCUAGUACUCAGGGACUGUCAUCCCCGAGACUGGGCAGAACCCUGGGCUCACACGAGUGUGACACUCUGGCCUGAAAACCAAGUGCAUUCUAAAGUAGAAUUCAACUUGUCGGUUGAAAUUAAUGUAAGGCAGUCAAAUUUACUGAAAGCUGUACUAUUUAAAUAAGUUGAUUGAGUGAGAGAGGAGCACUGAAAUCACUCUGAGGAAAUUUUCAAGUCAAAUGAUUUUCCUUUAGCAGGGCACAUGAUGUCAUUUUUUAUAAUUAUUAUCUUCUCACCAUUAAUCAUGACAGUGGUCUUUUUCGUGAAACAAUAUCUUUCAGUCAGGAUAAAAACAUAUACAUGGAACAUGAGGGAGCCAAAAAUGUGAUAGCUAUAACUCAGGAAAACCAUACCUCCAUGAUCCGAAACUUGAUUGUGAUUUCCUAUUGUCUAUUGGAUCUUGUUAAUCAGAGUUUUGUGUGCCAAGACAUCAAGACACUUGCAUUAGUGCUGUGCAUAUUCAGCCCAGGGUUCACCUUUGUCUCCAGAUUAAUAAUCUGCUCUCAAGAAACCAAAUUCUUCUGGUGCAUCCUUGUUCUUAGAAAUUUAAAUAUGGUUGGAGUUGAAGAGAGCAAGUUCAGAUCCCUUAUCUGAGGUCACUGUAUAAACAGGAUUCGUCUACAAUGACUUCUUUGAAAGUGGCACUUAAUUUCUCACAAGGUCUCCUUGGCAGAUAGGUCUUUCUUCAAAAUGAUGCAAGUAAGUAGCAUCUCUCCGCCCUUUUUUUUCCUCUUUUUUUUUACCGUUUGCCAACUGUUGUCCAAUUCUAAUUCCACCUCUGUUUUGCUCUAUCCUUCAAGAAACAAAAAUUACCCAAAAAGUAGUAAAGUGGUGAUUUACAGGUGUUAUAUUUUGGAGGCCAAAAGUAGAAUUAAGUAAUUUUCAAAUCCACAGGUGCAUGGUUAAUCAAAUUUUGAUUGAUCAGAGGCUGAGGUAUUUGCUGUUUCGCAACAAGACUAAAUCAUAAUUAUUUGCUUACUCUAAGCUUCGACCAUUUUGUUUCAUUAACAAGAACCUACUGCAUGGACACAUCAGCAGUAUUUUUCUGAUAUUUAACUGUUACAUAUUAUACUUAUUUUUCUCUUACUUUUCUGCUGUGAGCGAUAGUCGUAAUUAAAAUCAAAUGAUUUUUUAUAGGUACCUACAAAUUAUGUAGAUAGUUGUGACUGCUAAGUAUUCAUUUUAGCUUAGUCAGCGUUAUUUGAGGCUGUUACGAUCAUAUUUUAUUUAUUUAUUUUCUCAUUCUUAUCCCGUGAAGAUUCAUUUUAGUAGUCAGCACCCUACUUUAUUCACUCUACCUUUUUUUUUAUCCUCACGGUGAACAUACCAGCAGAAACCAGUUUCAAAAUACUAUUGCAAUACUGACAUUUCUAAACCAAGUAUGUGAUUGAAUACAUGGUGCAUACAUCACUGUGUUGAUACAGCCUCCAAUUAAUCAUCUAGAAUUGUUCUGGAUACAUUUCUUUUUCUCAUCAAAUCUCACAGAUUUUACCCUGUAAACUCUAACUCACAGUUACGAUAUUUAUGUUACAUGGCAAUUCGUAACUUAGUCCAAUUUUUCUGAAGUUUUUCUGUUCUAUUUCUUCGUCUUUUUUUUCAAUCCUCUCUGAAAUUAGAUUCAAGUAUGUAAUAGACAAGACAGCUCUACCUAGAACGAUUUUUUUAAAUCACUGCUAGAAGUUUUGUGAAACAAAUUUGCACUAAAAAAAGAUUAAGAAUUUUACAGAAACUGUAGGACGGAAGAAAGAUCCCUCAAUACGUUUAUGAAUAGUCAAUUGUUGAUCACUUUUACUUCUUGUUAAUUUUAAUCUGUUUUUACUGUGAGACAUCUUUGGUCAUGGUUCUAAUAGGCUGUUUUCAUUCAUCAGAAGGGCUUUCUUAGCUCUAAUCUAUACUAUAUACUCUUAUAAGCAUUGAUGAUUGAAGUUCAGGGGAAAGCAAGUACACUAAGUAUGCAGUAAUUCAGUUUUUUGGAAGUUAAUCUCUUGAAUUUUUCAGCUAAGGGCAAAUGUGCAAAUUCCUUAUUCUUAAAUGCUGUCCUUUACUUAAUUUCAAGGCAACUUUAAGUAUUUCCAACCGCACAUGAUUCUAGAUCUGAUUCGAAUUCACUUCUACAGGAGUGAGGCAGAGCCCAAAUUGCAGCACUUGUAAGAAAUUUAAAAUAAUGUAUUGGUGCAGAAACUUGAAAAAUCUUUCCCCAUAGUUGUUUAAUGUUUGUUUCACUGUAGACAAGAAUACCUUUCGUUAGCAGUUAUUAGCUGUUCCCAAUAAAAUUAGAACUGUGACCAUGCUGUUAUACACUUUACUGUGAUCUUGAGGUUAAAUGAAUGCAAUGCCAAAAAUCAUCUUGGUCAAUAAGUAUCAAAGUUUUAGUUCAUUUCAUUUCACUUUUCUUUUGUUACAAACAUCAAUCAUAGGUACAUGUCUGCCUAUCAAUGAAAGUGAUUUUAAUUUCUCUCUGUUGAUUUGAGCAAUUUGUGGAUAUUAAUUUUUUUUUUUAAUCAUCAUCAUAUCUAGAUCAUUCUUUUGUAUCAUUACAGCUUCAUCGCAUUCUACCAACGACAUAAAAACUAUAGGUGGGUGGUGGCCUAUGAAAAAAUGCAUUCCACAUGGAGCGAUCCUUUAAUAGGCGGGCAGGGGGUGGAACUAUUCCAUAACCUCUAUAACAUGGGUUCCCAUGAAAGUUUUUUAAUGAAGAAUUUAACAAUAGAAUUCUUAUUAUAAAUUCACUUGGAGGCUACCUAAGGUUUAUACGUGGACCCGAAAUUUUCAAAGAGUCAGUUUAAAAUUGAAUUUAAGCUUAGAAUCAGUAAGAAUCCCAUUAAUGACCAUGAAAACUAACUAUCUUCGACCUUACCUUAUUUUUGCUCCUGAUGGGGAACAAACCUCAUAAUUGACAAUAGGAUCAGCCUACCUAUAGUUUUUAUAUCUUUGCAUGAUACUUAAGAUUUUUCUUUAAGUUUUUGAGUCAUACGUGUUCUCCUUCGGUGUUUUGUCUUCUAAUGUCGGUUAAAAAUGAUCUCUGUUCUAGCUGACCAUAGAGUCCAUCCGCUAAAUUUUAUUUUCAUUGAUGCAAGAUCUCUCUUUUUGUGUUUAAAAGUGUUGAUGCCGUUUCAUUCUAUACUUUUUCAAAUACUCCCUUAGCUGCAUGUUUGAUAGGAAUUGAUAAACCUUAAGUUAUGAGUGCAUUUUUCCCCAAUCCAUUUCUAAAACUAAUGAAACCCAUCAAAGGUAAAAAAUCAGGCAAUAGCUCUGCAGCCAUCAGCUGACAACCUUUAGAAGCACAAUGCACACCAAAAUCUCUACUCUCUCUAGUUUUUAUGAAUGUGUGAUGUAAAGGCCUUAAUUUUUUUUGUUUUCAUUGUACACAAUAACUUGUAAAUACAUACAUGUUAGUCAUAUUGCAUCUUUAAUUUUCAGGUCAAAUUAGCCAUAUUUGCUAUCAAGUCAUGCUUAUUUUUGUACUAGAGGUACAAACAUGUUUAUCAGCAAGUCGUUUUUGUGUAAUGAGCUAAUUGCCCAAGGCUUUUUUGCACUAUUUUUUUGCUUCCCAACUAUUUUAAUAGUUUUUACAUAUUUUUCACUCUUUGUGUAAGUAGGAGCGUCAUAGGGUCAGUACAAUUCUAAUAUUCAAAGCCUCUCCUCAUUAGAUACUCUACUCUCCACUAGUAGACUCAACUGUACUUUCAAAAUUGCGAAGAAGUCUUUGUCAGUUACUUUCAUUGAAUGAAAAUUACUAAACUGUGUAAAGGAUUUAUUUAUGUUUUGUAUUUUGAAUAAUUAAAAAUGUUGUUACUGUAGUAUUUGCACAAUCCUCUUGAGUUAAGAAUGUUUUAUGCUUUUUGACAUCUUGAUGGGAAGGAAAAACUUUGUGGACAUCCAUGAAUGUGACCAAAACCCGAACAGCGUCUCUCUUUUGCUUACUUAGGCAAAUUAAAAUUUACUUUGUAUGCAAAUUUUAGAAUCGAGGAUGUAUGUAGAUGCUUAUUUUCUAGAUUUAUUGUAUGAUUUAUUCUUUUCUAUUUUUUCCUUUGUCUCUUUUAAGUUUUUUUCAACCUAAGUGCAUGUGCAAAGAUAACUUUUUCCAACGUGUCUGAUUUCUUUCUUUUUUUUCUAUCUCUUUUAAUCAUCUUUAUACUGGCCACAAUUUAUAUCAAAAUGCGUUUUUCUCAUAGACAUGUCACACUCAAAAAGCUAUUGUCCCUUCACCGUCUGAGAAAAUUUUACUAAAUGGGUAUCUUUAUGCUCUCCUGAAUCAGUUGAGUCAGCAACAACUGAAAUAUUAUCGGCAUUUAAUUCAACCUCAUAAAUUUGAAUCAAUUUUGUAAAUUUUUAUUUAAUUCUUCUAUGAUAUUGUUUUUUAUUUAUCUCGAUUCUUAAAUUAUUUUUCACCUUUUUUUUACUUUUAAUGUAAAUUCAUAUGAGUUUUACUUUUAUAUUUCUUUGUUAAAAUUGGUAUUUGUUUAACAGAACAAAAUAAUUUGUACUUUCAUGAAUAAUGAAAACUUGUCCGACUUUCAUCCUAAUUUGUACAUAAAUAUAGAGCUCAAAAACUCAA